UUUCUUAAAUGCUUGGACUGCAAGUCAAACAGUAUAACUGUUCAGAUGUAGCUAGUCUUUGGUUUUCCCUUGAAUCUGAAAUAUAGAAUCGAUAAAAAAAAACUCUUGCUUGAAAACUAUCUGGUGUAAAAGCUACACAAUGAAAGAUAAGCAAACAAUGAAUCUUUCCAUAGGUGUCCUCUUGUUAUUUGCCUGCUUUGCUCUUGGCAUUGCUGCCCCUCCCACAUGUUACUCACUGGCAAUCUCUCGCAGCAGAUCUAUAAUGAAAUCUAUAGCCUUUUUGCAAGAAGUCCCCCGGCUGAAACCAUGUAUGGAGGUACUGCCAUUCCUUUACUUCGACAUCCAUAACUCUUGCCUAAUGAUCAAAGUUCGGGACUAUUUAUACACUUUGGAAAAUAUUACUCCGCUACCAUGCAGAAAACGUCCGGGGAUAGUCGGUCUUGGCAAGACAAUCAGGCGUCUGUACAACAUGAUCAACAAAUCGUGUUACAGGGAUUUGGCAUAUUUGUCUGAUGACUGUGAUGCCUUGGAAAAUCCAACCCCAAGCCCAGCUCCAACAGAAAUCUCUGAACAAAUGUUGAAUUAAUAGCCAGUUCUCAAAGCUUUCCUUAACUGACUGAUUGUGGGUCACUGCUUUGUGUUUUGUGACUGUUGAAAUGUAUGAGGAACACACAGUUCAUUUUUCUACAUUAGGAGAACUGACUAGUUUACAUGAAUCCAGAGAACAGACAGCCUGCUGUGGCAGGAAACUAAUUAAAUAUUUUAUACCAGAAAGACUUCUGUUUGAUUUAGAAUAAGAGUGCCUUGUAUUCCUUAAAUGCUUGCCUGCACUGAUAUUUUAUCAGCAAUAAAAUGAUAUAUUACACAAUGUGCUAUGCAUGUACUUGCAGAUGCAAAACAUAUACCUGUGUUUUUGUAUUAUUGCAGUUUCAGAUUGCAUUCUAUUUUUCUAACUGUAUACAAUAAAAUAAUUGUAAUACUAA